AUGGCGGCGCCCAGCAUGUGGGAGACCGAUCCAGCGCUGGAGAUUGCGCUUCUGCGCGCCAUCUCUUUCUACCCGCCGAUCGGCUAUAACCGCCACUUUAAUAUGGUUUCGAUCCUAGGCGCACUCCAAGCUGCCCAGCUGGAGGUGCCGAGCGAUGCGCCUGGCUCCAAUCGACACGCGCCUCUCUCGGCCAAAAGCGUGUGGCAGCACCUCGAGACGCUCUAUGACCUUGAAGGCCUAAACGAGCUGGAUGAUGGCAGCGAGGACGAAGAGGCGCCGGAGUGGAUGCAGCACUACGACCAGCACGCGGCGCUGCUCGCACGCAAUGAAAAAGCACGCACACGGGUGCUUGACAAUGUGGAUGCAGAAGAGUUUGCGUUGCAUCCAGUAGAGCUGUACGCGCCCUUUAUUGAACAGCGCCGAAUUGCUCGGGAUCUGUCCGAGGAAGUGAGUGCGCCUGCGACGCGCGCAGCCGAGGACCUUGUUGUUCCUGCCUCCUCCGACGAAGACAUUUCCGACGCCAACUCGAGCGAUGAGCAUGUGCGAGGGGGCGGGCAAGGUGCGCACGCGCGCUCGCGCUCUCAGGAUACCAGGCGUCUAUCUCGCAAACGAGCUGACGACGAGCAUAGCCAAGAAGUGCCGCCGUCAUCGCCAGACAGCAUGUCUACACGCGCUGGGAAACGACGAAAGAGCAUGCGCACUGCCGAGCACGACGACCCAGCGGACAAAGCUUCACGCCCAAUCUCAACACGUAGACAGCGCCAGACAGAUGGCGAUGGCUCAAAACGUGCUACUACGGAAGACUUUACCGACUCCGACGAUGGAACCACGGACGAGAAAGCGUCGCUUAUGAUGCGCAGCGCUCGGAACACGCCUGCGCGGCGCUCCGUGGGGCAGAUAGCGACCACACCCAAUGAAGCGCGCCCUGCACAGACGCGCGCAUUUUCUGCAGCGACGCGUGCGGCAAGCAGCACGCCUCGGGCCUCGCCCGUCGCUCCUGCGCGCAGUUCGCGUCGUCGAUAG